AAUCGCGUUGCUGAACUCGAAGGCGUCGUCCGCGAACUAAAGAACAAGCCUCAACCUCGCUGGGCUGCCAACGCAAUCGUCCAACAGUCCUCGAUGGACUCACCCCAUUCUGCCUUCCAGCCCCCUCCAUCGCCUGCACCUACGAUCUCUUUUCCUAAGGAGUCUUGGCACGUCCGCUCUGCCCGUAGAGAUCAUGCUGAUCGGGAGAACGAUGGUGUCAACCGGUGCGAUGGUCACGAGAAGAAGAAGAGGAAGCUGGGUGAGAGCGGGCUCGGCGGGCUUGGAGGUGGACUUUUCGACGAGUCAUAUCGUGUGAAGGUCGAACAGCAGCCGGCAUCCUCGUUCUCGCUCGAGAGUGCUGGCGAUGAGAGUGGCCUAGAGAUCGACGAGAACAGUGCUCUCGGCAGCCCCCUCUUCCCCGGAUCCACCAACUCUCACAACCUUGUCCCUCUCACAAUGGGCCUUCAACGUCGUGCGAGCGUACCGACUGGAUCGUCGCUCAAGUUCGGCGGCCUUGGGAACAACGUCUUGAUGCGGACGGCGACGGAUCCUUUCCCGGGUGCUCCGGGUCCAUACGUUCAAGAUACUCGACGCAGCUUGACUAACCCACCUCCAAGUAUAUCUCAUUCUCGUCGCCCCAACCCUGGCGUUUCUUCAUCCUCGCCUCCACCUCACAAGACGAGCAGCAAAAACAAAGCACAAGAGGAACCAGUGUGUCAUUGUCUCGCCGAUCCGAGCUCCUCGGGGUUCGUUGCUCAUCUUAGCAAGAACGUUCGUUCUACGUGGCAAUUCCUCGAGACGCGACACCGUUCAGAGGGUCGUGGAGACGCCACCACCUUUGACAACCUGGAUGAGUCCAUGAAGCCUCUGUUAAGAGAUUGCGGCGUAAUGCGCGCGCUUUCCCAGCUUGAGAGGGCCAUCAAACUUUCGAGCUGCAAGAGAACCCAAGCGCAAGCUUCCCCCGCACAACAUCAUAUUCACGCGCACCCACCCAGCAUCAAUUCCCUCAUCAGCCACAGCACGUACAACACCAACAAGCCCAUCAUGAGUUGAUGAUACCAUCACCAGUCUCGCCACAGGCCCGUUGUCUAUCUGCGGGGUCCGCAACCUCUCCUCACGGGCAGGUAUCAACCGAGCCACACCCUGGUGUUAGCGUGAAUGUUGGCGGACAAGACCUUCUCGAUGCUGGGUCUCCUGUUAACCUACUUAGCGAAGAGGCCCUUGUUGCCCUUGGGGGUGGCCACGCUGCU